UCCAGCGGGUGUCAGCGGGGAGUCAUGAAGAGGAGUGGCACACCAGUGUGGGACAGAAGGAGCUACAGGCCCCCUCCCACAUUAAAGAGGAGCAGCUUCAUGAUGAAGAUGAAGCUCAGUCCUUACAGCUUCAUCACAGUCAAAGUGAGGAGAACAGAGGGGCGGAGCUUGUAAGUCAACACAUCACAGAAGCUGAUGGAGAGCAUUGUGAAGAUAUCAAGUCAGAACCAGACAGCAUCUUUGCUCCACUGUCAGACAUGGACCACAUGAUGUCACACUCUUCUGAUCACAGUGACCACAUCCAAAAACCUUUGGAGAGUAAAAAUUACUCUAAAGGUGAUACGAGACAUCACACUAACAACAAACACUUUGACUGCUCUGAAUGUGGGAAAUCAUUUAGACACAAGGGUCAUUUUACAGAACACAUGAGAACACAUACUGGAGAGAAACCUUUUACUUGCUCUGUUUGUAAGAAGAGUUUCUACACAAAGCUACACAUGACCACACACAUGAGAAAACACACUGGAGAGAAACCUUUUACUUGCUCUGUUUGUAAGAAGAGUUUCCCCACAAAGCCACACAUGACCACACACAUGAGAACACACACUGGAGAGAAACCUUUUACUUGCUCUGUUUGUAAGAAGAGUUUCUCCACAAAACAAUGCAUGACCAGACACAUGAGAACACACACUGGAGAGAAACCUUUUACUUGCUCUGUUUGUAAGAAGAGUUUCUCCAGUAUGCACAACAUGCCCACACACAUGAGAACACACACUGGAGAGAAACCUUUUGCUUGCUCAGCUUGUGCUAAAAGAUUCUAUGCUAAGAAUGACAUGAUAUUACACAUGAGAACACAUACUGGAGAGAAACCUUUUACUUGCUCUGUUUGUAAGAAGAGAUUCUCCAUGAAGCGUAGCAUGACCACACACAUGAGAACACACACAGGUGAGAAACCUUUUGCUUGCUCAGCUUGUGCUAAAUGAUUCAACGCUAAGAGGAAACUUAUAUUACACAUGAGGACACACACUGGAGAGAAACCUUUUUCUUGCUCUGUUUGUAAGAAGAGUUUCUCCAUAAAGCUUGACAUGACCAGACACACGAGGACACACACUGGAGAGAAACCUUUUACUUGCCCUGUUUGUAAGAAGAGUUUCUCCAGAAAUCUUGAAAUGACCACACACAUGAUAUAACACACUAGAGAGAAACCCUUUACUUCCUCUGUUUGUAAGAAGAGUUUCUCCAUAAAGAGUAACAUGACCAGACACAUGAGGACACA